GGACAGCGGUGCCAAGUUCCACCAACUGACGGUGGGUGGCAGCAAAGCUGCAAAAGCCAGUUUAAGAAGAAACUAAGGUACUGUACCUUGUGUGCUGAAAGACAUAUAAUCUGAUCUAAGUAGAUAAUUAAAACAUGCCGCGAGUCUAUGUCGGCAGAUUAAGUUACCAUGUCCGCGAGAAGGAUAUUCAAAGGUUUUUCAGUGGCUAUGGAAAGCUUUUGGAAAUUGACCUGAAAAAUGGGUAUGGAUUUGUGCAGUUUGAGGAUACACGUGAUGCCGAUGACGCAGUGUACGAGCUGAACGGGAAGGAGCUGUGUGGAGAGCGUGUCAUCAUCGAGCACGCCCGUGGUCCACGGCGGGACCGGGAUGGAUAUAGUGGGGGAUACGGGGGUGGUGGGCGCAGUAGCGAUUACAGCAGCAGGAGCCGCAGCGGCAGGGACAAGUACGGGCCCCCCGUCCGCACCGACUACCGCCUCAUUGUGGAAAAUCUGUCCAGUCGCUGUAGCUGGCAAGACCUGAAGGACUUCAUGCGCCAGGCUGGAGAGGUGACGUAUGCUGACGCCCAUAAGGAGCGGACUAAUGAGGGUGUGAUUGAGUUCCGCUCGCACUCAGACAUGAAGCGCGCCCUCGACAAGCUCGACGGCACCGACAUCAACGGCAGGAAGAUCCGGCUGGUGGAGGACCGGCAGCGUCGGCACCGCUCAUACUCUGGAAGCAGGUCCAGGUCUUGUAGCCGUAGACGCUCCCGCAGCAGGAGCCGCCGAAGCAAGAGUUCCCGUAGCAACUCCAGAUCACAAUCCCGGUCCAGGUCCCGGAGCAAGAGGCCAUCCAGGUCCAGAAGGAAGUCCCGCUCCAAGUCUCCCACUCGCAAGUCCCGAUCCAGCACCGGGAAGUCUCGUUCGCGCUCCCGCAAGUCCCGCAGCUGCUCGGCAAGCCAGAAGUCCCGUUCGCGUUCCGACGCCCGCAAAUCUCGCUCCAAGUCCCGCUCCAAGCCCAAGUCCGAGCGGGGGUCCCAGGGUCGUUCCAAGGAGAAGUCGCUCAGCAAGAAGUCCCGCAGUCGCUCGCCGUCGCCCAUGAAGAAUGGGGAAGAGGAGCGCGCCAAGUCCGCCUCCCGUUCCCCGUCUCCGCGAGACGAUCGGCACGACUCGCUGGCUAUACACUCAGCCUCACAGUCACCGUCACGUUCCAAGUCCCGCUCUCGCUCCAGGUCUGCAUCUGAAGAUUAAACCCACUUUCUGCUCCCUCUGACACAGUUAAAACACUUUACUAAAUGAACAUAAUCAUGAUAUUUCAACCCUUGUGUAAGAAAUUAAAUACAAUUUUAUUUAUAUAGCACCAAAACAAUACAAUUGUCUCAAGGCGUUUGAACCAUACAGCGUGUUUGCAGGUUUGUUUGAUAUUGGUUUGUUUGGAAGAGGAUGUUUGCUCAGUUUUGUUUUCCUAGAAAUUGGAGCUGCAUAGGUUGCUUGUUUGGUUUCCCCUCUGCAAUUUUCCUCCCAAGCAUUUUUUCACCUUUUGCGGCUUUGCUCAUUUUUAUGUUUCUUUCCUCAGUUAGCUGCCACAUAUAUCCCCUGCUGUGACUCUUCGGCAAGUUUAGGUCUGGGAUGGUUGUAAGAAUGGGUUCUCAUCCGCCUAGUCUUUCCAUCCUAUAAAGAACAGUGGAGUGCACAUUUGCUAGGUGUUCUAAAUGAGAGUGUGCUGUGCUUUUCUGUCUCUUCACUGACUGAAGGUUCAGUGUCAUUCUUUUAUCAUUCUUAGUUUUUCUUUAGGCUAUUUAUAUAUAUUUUUUGUCUCAAAUGUUUAGUUGCAGUGCUGUUGCCCCUUUAGUUGAAGUUUUAGGGAUCUUGCAGUGAAAUGUUUUGUACAUUUUCAGGACUAUUGUGUCAACUAUGUUUUCUGUGAAAUCAUUUGUGAAAUUUAAAUAAACAUGUAUGUUUUAUUAA